GGGGUGAAAGUGUCUGGACUGGAAGGGGGGGAAAGUGUUCGGAUUGGAAGGGGUGAAAGUAUCCGGACUGGAAGGGGGGGAAAGUGUUCGGACUGGAAGGGGGUGAAAGUGUCCGGACUGGAAGGGGGGGAAAGUGUCCGGACUGGAAGGGGGGAAAGUGUCCGUACUGGAAGGGGGGUGAAAGUGUCCGGAUUGGAAGGGGGUGAAAGUGUCCGGAUUGGAAGGGGUGAAAGUGUUCGGAUUGGAAGGGGGGUGAAAGUGUCCGGACUGGAAGGGGUGAAAGUGUCCGGA